GCGAUGUCUACCGACGGCCGCUGGCUAAUCUCUGCACAUAAUGGCGAUUCGUUGAUCAAAACUUGGGAUAUUCUGAACGGGAGGCUCAUUGACUGUUUUCGAGUGAGCGCACCAAUCACAUCCGUGGCGCUGUCACCUUCCAAUGAGUUUUUGGCCACUACUCACGCGAACUCACUGGGCAUCCAUUUGUGGGACAAUCGUGGCACUUAUAGACGGCUCCAUUUGCAACCGCUUGCGAACAACUUUGUGCCUCCCCUCACCACUCGGGUCACCUCCGUUCCGUCCAGAUCCCUCGUCGUCUCAGCUGACGGAUUGCGAGUGGGUCCGGAUAUCCACGAAGAUGACCUAGAGGGACGCAUUAGAGAACUCAAUGAAGGCUCUUACACCGAAAGUAUGAAGGAACAAGCACUUCCAACGGAUAGCUACAUGUCUCCGGAGCAACUACCAGACCAACUGCCCACUCUUUCUGGUCUGUCGAGUGUAUUCUUAUCAAAUUUUCUACACUUGGAUGUUAUUCGUGAGCGUAAUCGCCUUGCUGCUUCCAACACAGAAAGUGAUGCGAUGUCGAGCCUACCCUUCUUUUUACCCAUCACUGAAACGGCUAAAGGCUUAGCUUGGGUUGAUACAAGCGAUGCUGGAUUGGAUGUUGGGAGGAAGCAGACGCCAGGGAAGCGACGAGCGUCUGUCGUAGAUGGCACCUUGGCUGCGUUGGAGCCUGUACCCGGAUUAGGCGCCCAGUUGGUGAAGGCAGCCACGGACGAGGAAUUUGACGAAAUCAUGCGAACCCUCAAAACGUUUGGUCCAAGUGCAUUAGAUUUAGAAAUUCGCCUACUAGCGCCGUCCGUUGAAGAAGAGAAAGCUAUCUGUUCGUCAGCAGUGUUGAUGAACGGCACACCUCGCGAGCGUUUGCAUGGUUUUCUGCGCCUGCUCAUCAACAGAUUUGAACGGAAUAUGGAUGUGGAUCUCGCAUGCGUCUGUUUAGAGGGAGUGCUUCAAAGGCACGGAGAUCUUCUACUGCAUCCUUACAACAAGUCUGUGGAACCGACUUUCCAUGCGUCUGGCACGCUAGAGCAACACCUUAAUGAACUUCUGUCUACCAGAGACAGAGAAUCAAAUGCCGUCAGCUCCAAUGCCACGUUGUCGCUGGUCUCGCAUGCCAUCCUGGCAAAAAACAAAGCCGCCAAUCUACUGACCCGUCGUCUGACAAGAAGCAUAUGUUUGAUCGACUUUAUUCGCAAUCCAACAACCGCACUGCAUUUUUAAACCCCAGUGUGCCCAUGUAUCCAUUGUACAUAACAAAUUUUGUACUUGCUAUUCACUCACUUAUCACGGUUG